CCAUCUCUUUCGCAGGUGGUGCAUGUUCGAAAACAGCUUGCAAUGUUCAGGACGAACAGAGACUCUCGUGUGUAAUCAACGUAAUUUAUGUCCCUUUAUUUGCGUUUUUGUGACAUUGACCGAACAACAUGUGCCCACACACGUACGUAGUGGUCGCGGGGCGUGUUUUUAUUUCACCCAGGCCACUUUCUUCUGGUUAAUGUACAGUGCUGCAUUGAGUGUGUGCUGAAUUACGGGUGCUAUCUGUGUGUCUGCAUUGAGAGAAAAGAGACUGCAUUGAGAAAAGGAGAGAGAGAAUAAAUGCUCGUGCACCGCGGAGCUUGAAUGAAAUUCGUCGUUGAAGGCAACUUCCUGUACAUCUCUCUAUUAAUUCGCAGGAUCUCGCUCUUUUCUGCUCCAAGCAUCGGGUACUAAAGUGGUCAUGCCUUUUGUUUUAAUUUGGGAGACGAGACUGCGGAGCCAUUUGCACGAUGGUGAUGAUUCACGACUGGACGGAGUUUAAAAAAUGAGGAAGCAUUUGUUUUCCAAAGAUACUAAAAAGAUAGACGGAGAGGCCUCGUCGUUUCGCAGGCCGUGAUCCUUGCAUGGGAAACGGGAGAAGAAGGGAAGAAAAAACGAGCCUGAUGAAUAAAAACCGAGCGAAAUGGAGCACGAGACACGCGCGUGGAGAAAUAUGGACCAUAUCAAUAAUGACGACGGCGGCGUGCGCGAGAACCAGAUCGAUCCGAACAAAAUGAAGCACUUCUCCUGUUGAGCAUUUAAACUGAUAUUUUUUAUUUGCAAUUUAGAGGAGAGGGGAUUCCCGUGUUUUUUUGUUGAGAGUUGCAAACAAGUUGCCUGCAAGUUCUCCUCUCCGACUUGUGUUGCUUUCUUUGAUCGUUUUACUUCUUUUCGGGAGGUUUGAAUUGUUUUUGAUCCGGAUCCAUAGCGUUGAUAUUAUUCAAUGGAAUUAUGUUAUCAGUUACCGGUUUUGCCUCUAGACAGGCCGGUUCCCAAACAUGUUCUCAGUCGGAGGGGAGCCAUCAGUUUCAGCUCCAGUUCCUCUUUAUUCGGAGCCCCCGAUCCGAGACAGCUGUCACAGAGACGCGGCGCAAUUUCCUAUGACAGCUCUGAUCAGACCGCUCUGUACAUUCGCAUGCUAGCUGUGACAAACAAAAUCAAAACCUCAUUCGUGUUUACACCAGGGGCUUGUGUAAUAUUCAAACAGCUGUUUUCAAGAGAUGUGAGAGUGAGAAGUCAGGUAGGCUUUGAACCGGAACGAAGAGGCUCGCACCCGUACCUGGGCAUCGAUUUCCGCACGUUGCACUCUCGUGCUGAGUCAGCAGGGUCGAUCCCAGCUCGGAGAAUCCGGAGGCUUUUUAGUUUCCAGCGACACAUGCUUUCGUCUCGCCUGCUAAGAGGAACGUCACAACUCAACCCCCUUUACAUCCUGGAUGAGGACUACUGUGGCCAGGCCAGGUGUAUGCUUGAAAAGGUUGGAAGCUGGAAUUUCAACAUAUUCCUCUUUGAUAGACUAACGAAUGGAAACAGUCUUGUCUUUUUGACAUUUCAUCUGCUGAACCAGUACGGCCUCAUCGAGCUCUUCCAGUUGGACAUGGUUAAACUGCGUCGGUUUUUAGUUCUGGUACAAGAAGACUACCACAACCAGAACCCCUAUCACAAUGCAGUCCAUGCUGCCGAUGUGACCCAAGCCAUGCACUGUUACCUGAAAGAACCCAAACUCGCGCAGUCCCUCACGUCAUGUGACAUCCUCUUAGGGUUGCUGGCAGCAGCCACACACGAUCUGGACCAUCCUGGAGUCAACCAGCCUUUCCUCAUCAAAACCAACCAUUACCUUGCAGCUUUGUACCGGAAUACCUCAGUUCUGGAAAACCAUCAUUGGAGGUCUGCAGUGGGUUUGCUUAGAGAAACCGAACUGUUUUCUCAUCUUCCGGUGGAGGAUAGUCUGAGUAUAGAGAGGCAGCUGGGAUCACUGAUUCUGGCCACGGAUAUCAGCAGACAGAACGACUAUUUGUCCCGAUUCAGAACUCACCUGGAUAAGAACGACCUGUGUUUAGGAAACGCUUCUCAUCGGCAUUUCAUUCUGCAGAUGGCCUUGAAGUGCGCAGAUAUCUGUAACCCAUGUAGACCGUGGGAGCUCAGCAAACAGUGGAGUGAGAAGGUUACAGAGGAAUUCUUCCACCAAGGUGACGUUGAAAAAAAGCAUAAACUUGAAGUCAGCCCACUGUGUGAUAAUGAAGCAAACACCAUAGCCAGUGUUCAAAUUGGUUUCAUGACCUACGUGGUGGAGCCUCUUUUCGCCGAGUGGGCACGUUUUUCAGACACGUGGCUCUCUCAAACCAUGCUCGGCCAUUUGGGUCUGAACAAAGCCAGCUGGAGUGCCACGGAGCCCGAGGCGUCAGGAAGCUCAGAGGAGGGGGAAUCCGAGCCGGCCCGAGCCACCGAAAAGCCCGGUUCCAGAGCCUUAUCUCAGGGAGGCCAAGAGUCAUGACACCCCAAAGCACCUCUACUGCCCUCAGCCAAACAUCACAUUUAAGUCACAUUUGAGUUGCUUACUGCCCAUCUCGAACCAACCACUGAUGAUUUUUUUUUCUUUUUUGUUUGUUCGUCGAUUUAAUUUAUUUAAUUUUAAACUCUCGUCUCAUUUACCCUUCGACAUAGAGCAAUACAUAAAGUAGAUACCUCAUUUGGCUACUGCUGCAAUUUUUUUCUUUGUUUUUUUUAAUUGUUGUGAUGUAUUUAUUUAACCUUUUAUGUUGUUGUUCUCGUUGUGUUGGUUUUGGGCGUUACUAAUUCAGCUUUGAUAGAACUGUAAGGGAAUGUGGGGUGGAAUGAAAACCCCCUCCUAUGGCUUUAAAGUGCCAUUUUGAAACAUUUGCAUUGCUCUGAAAGUGAUUUGAGUAUUUAGAGGUGAAAUUUUUACGACUGCACGAAGAGACUGUGUGUGUGUGUAUAAAUGAAUGUGUGUUUGUGUGUGAAAGUGCCAGUGCUUCUGCAAAUCAAUCUUCCUCCUUGUGUACAAAAAUACAAAUGUGAAGAGCCCGGUCCUUUGCUGCCUCUGAAGACUGUUUACACGUUGUUUUCUAAAUGAAUCAUGUAAGUUCUGUGAUUUAUUGCCUUUUUAAGCACAGAUGUGAAGAACCACUUGUAUAUUUUUCGAAACCUACUGCUGAUGAUCAACAAACAUCUGGUGGACUGCAACUCCGUCGGCGUAACGCAUCAGAUGCCAUACGAAUGCCAUUCGUGCUCCAUUGCAUCGUCCCCGGGAUAAAAAGGUCCAGGGUUGGGAUUUUUUUCUCCACCCUGCCUCAUAGACAAUACCCUCGCGUUGAAGGAACAUCACUUCAUAAGGUGUAGUAGAGACGAACCCUUUCCGUGAUGGAAGAAGAAUCGUGUCACAGGACGUGUAGCUGAAUUGACCGUCUGUGGAUCCUGCUCAGGGUUUCAUCGACCUGCUUAUUGAGAGAAAACAAGGAAGUUAAGGUGCCUUUUAUAGGUAGCCACGCCCUCUCCCCUCUUAAUAUUUUGUAAGGAUAAGAACUCCUCCGAAUGUCUCAAAGCCACUCGUCUCUUCGAAAAACUGCUACACGAUGCCUUAAAACUAUGCACAAAGCUAAGUGACCAAACCAGCUGUCAUUUUUUCAUUUUAAACUUCGUUUAGUGCACUGUCUGACCCUUUUCCUUUUUGUUGUGGAGAACUUUUUUUAAUAUAUGGAAGAGAAUUGGUUUAAUGAUUUAAUUUUAAACAUUUGAACAUUCCAUUUUUUGUGUAUUGUUUUGGAUUCUGUACAGAAUGGAUAUUGUGCUUCUCUUGAUUUUUAGAGAAGAGGUGCUUUAUUUUAAGUGAUUUGUAUUUCGUUGUAAGUGCUGUAAGACUGUUGAUUUAAGAAAAAACUGUUUACAGUUUGUUGUAACAGCCAUUUUGGGGAGAUGACCUUAUGUGUCAAGCCAUUUUGUAAAGGCUUUGCCGUAUAAUCUUUUGAUACAUUGUUGCAGUUGCAUUUUUGAUGAAUAAACUUCACAAAAUGUUUCUCUA